AUGGGCCUGAAGAAGUCGAGCGCGGCGGCGACGAUCAACGGUUGGUCAACGCUGUCAACGGGGGAUGUUGACCACGGUGUUGGGCGCGGUGACCCCGCGGCGCCCCGAUCCGGCCGACUGGAGGCCUUCCUCGGCAGGCACCGGAUCCUGGCGGCGCUCCUGGGCUGGGCGGCCGAAAAACGAAUGAUUUUUCCAAUUGCUGGAAAGUCGAGAAAGUCGAAAACAAUUUCGGCGAACUCGGGGUUCGGCAGUGUCAAGGGUGGGAAGGGUGAGAUUGGGUUGAAGCGCGAGAAGGCCGCGCGGUGCAUCGACUUGGCCAAGUACGUGUCCGCCGGCAAGGCCAGAGGGAGCGAUCCAAAUGGGAUGGUGUACGAGGAGGAGGCAUGCGGGGAGAGGGGCUUGACGGUGGAUCGGGGGGCCAUCGUGGACACCGCGCCGAGCGCCUGGGUGUCCUGCAGCGCUUGA